AUGGCUUCCAACCUCCUCAUUCAUUUGUGUUUCCUUCUCCUUGCAGAAAUUGACUGUCUCAUUCGGCUUCCUGAGCCCGAGGACUACUGGGAGCCCAUUUUCGGAAUCUGCAUUUUCCUUUUCUCCUUCAUGAUCCCAGUGAUGGUCAUCACCAUCUGCUACAGCCUCAUGAUCCGGCGCCUGAAAAACGUCCGGGUCCUCUCGGGAUCGAAGGAGAAGGACAGGAACCUCCGGCGUAUCGCUCGCUUGGUUUUCGUCGUGGUGGCCGUCUUCAUCAUCUGCUGGACCCCCGUCCACAUCUUCGUCCUGGUCCGGAGCCUGGGAGCCAAGGCCGACAACGAACUCAGCUUAUCCAUCUUGUACUUCUGCACCGCCUUGGGCUACGCCAACAGCUGCCUGAACCCCGUCCUCUACGCCUUCCUGGACGAGAACUUCAAGACGUGCUUCAAGAAGUUCUGCUUCCCCUCGGCCUUCAGGAAGGAGCUUCAGAUGUCCAACCGCAUGUGCAGCAUCGCCAAGGACGUGGCCUACGCCUGCAAGAACUCCGACGGGACUAACAACCCGGCAUGACUAGGCGUGGAGCUCCCCAUGGUCCCCGUCAGCCAGCAGAGCCCUACCACGCCCACGUCAGAGCUGACGCAGAUCACAGCUCUUUGAAAGAGCGUGGCCCGCUGCCUUGACCCAGGAUCGGAGACCCAUGGGGAUGUGGAACAUUUUAAAAAGCCUCGCUGCCCUCGGAGUUCUGCGGGAAGCACGGAUUCAGCGCUUCUCCUUUGGACGAUUGUAUCGGGCUUUGAACUCCGAGAUACUUUUCAGGUGACGGAUUUCCGGAGUCCUCUGUCGACAGGCGUGCCAUCGUGCAGGCUUUCCCCCCCCCCCAAACGUGCGGCUGUCCCUCUCUCUGUAUGUGGGCGUGUUUGUGGGUGUGCUUGUGUGCUCCUCAAGUGUGCUUGUGCAUGUUUGCCUGUCGGGAAAAGACACUCAAGAAGUGGGGGGAAAGACCACCGAUGUGCUAGUAGAAGACGCCACAAUAACAUCUACAAAUGAGGCUCGCCUGACGUUAACACCUUGCGUAGAAUCGUCGUUAACAUGCUGCCAACACUGUCAGUUCUGCGCAUUUCGCACACCUCAAAUCCAGGCGAGAGACAUGGAGCAAAACUCUGGCUGUGCUGGACAUCCUUGUCAACCAUUUUGCAGCGGGGAAGCAAAAGAGCCAAAACGUGUACAUUUUGCCUAUUUUGGCGGCUUCAACAGCCUUGCAAAUUGCGGAAAAAGACUCCAAAACCAUUUCUCAACUGAAUCCUUGGGCCAGAGGAAAGUGAAAAAAUAGAGAAGGACAUUUUGGGGGGGGAAGUUUGUUUUUAAAUGCUGUUUUCCAAACAAUGGAGGCCUAGAGGGAUUUUUGGCGCGCACGUUGAAUUGGCUUUAAUUUUGGAAAACUACUAUCUUUGAUGGUAAGCUGGAACGGCGUUUUUUCUUCAAAGGAGAGUCCAAAUUUUGAAAUCAGUGACUCUUCGAACACGGAUAGGCAGUUUGCAUGUAGGCAGACUCCAGAUCCUGCACAGCGAUCAAGUUGGGGAAAAAUAAUCCCUUAUGCUUUCCCCCCCCCCUCUGCUGUGCAAAAGACUCACCUGUGUUUCUUCACCUGGAUGGACUCUAAACGUUGGAUCGUGAGGGAUCCUUAACCUUAAAUCACAUCUUAAUCUGAUGUGACGUGGAACAAUUGCAACCGGUUGAUGCUGGCCACAAGGUCAAGGGAUUAAAAAUUGUGAGUUCCAGGCGGUGGGUGGAUUUAAAGGGCAAAAUUUCUGAACCCUGAUUUUUCUGCUUUUUUUGAAUUUUGUUCUGACCUUAGCUUCCCUGAAAAGCACGAAGCAGAUUCUUAGUUCCGACAAAACCCCUUUGAUUAAAUGAAUGCGAAUUCCUCUCAUUCACCUU